AUGUCUCAAUUGCCUGUCAAGAACUGCGGCGUCCUGGGCUGCACCGGCUCGGUUGGCCAGCGCUUUAUCCUGCUGCUCCAACAACACCCCUCGCUGCGUCUCGUCGCCGUCGGCGCGUCGUCACGAUCCGCCGGCAAGAAGUACCGCGACGCGGUGCGGUGGAAGCAGGCGAGCCCCAUCUCGCCCGAGAUCGGCGACCUGGUGGUGCGCGAGUGCAAGGCUAGCGAGUUCGCCGACUGCGACAUCGUCUUCAGCGGCCUCGACAGCGACGUGGCGGGGGAGAUCGAGAAGGAGUUCCAGCACGCGAACAAGGCCGUCUUCUCCAACGCCAAAAACUACCGCCGCGACCCCCUCGUGCCGCUCGUCGUGCCCACCGUCAACCUCGACCACCUCGACCUGAUCCCGCACCAGCGUAAGACGAACAACCUCGAAAAGGGCUUCCUCGUGUGCAACAGCAACUGCGCCGUCAUCGGCCUGGUCAUCCCCUUCGCCGCGCUGCAGGCCAAGCUCGGCCGCAUCGACACCGUCUCGGUAGUCACCAUGCAAGCCGUUUCGGGGGCAGGGUACCCGGGCGUGAGCAGCAUGGACGUCAUCGACAACGUGGUGCCGUACAUCCCCGGGGAGGAGGACAAGCUGGAGACGGAGGCGCAGAAGAUCCUGGGCCGCAUCAACGCGGACGCGACCGCCUUCGAGGACCAGUCGACGCUGCGCGUGUCGGCCGCGUGCAACCGCGUCCCCGUCAUGGACGGUCACACCGCAUGCGUGUCGCUGCGCUUCGCCCAGCGCCCGCCGCCAACGGCUGAGCAGGUCAAGGAGGCCAUGCGCAGCUACGUCUCCGAGGCCCAGAAGCUCGGCUGCCCCUCGGCCCCCCAGCCCCCCAUCAUGGUCUUUGACGAGCCCGACAGGCCGCAGCCCCGGCUGGACCGGGACCUGUCCAAGGGCUAUACUGUCAGUGUUGGCCGCGUUCGCGAGGAUGAGAGCGGCAUUUUCGACAUCAAGUUUGUCGCUUUGAGCCACAACACCGUCGUCGGUGCUGCCGGCUCUUCCAUCCUGAACGCCGAAGCAGCCGUUCUCAAAGGUUUCAUCUGA